AUGUUACAGAUCUAUUGUGCGAAGAAGUUUAGCGAAAGUAAUCCAGUUAAAGGAUAUAUAGCCAUGGAGUAUAUGGAGAACAUCAAAGAAGUGCAUGUAUUUGAAAACGUCACACCAAUGCAGCUAAAACAGGUCUUGGAUCUGAAACUCAUAUUCAUUUUUUUCAUAUUUUUUUUCAUUUUCAAUGCGUUCCAUAGAGUCUUUCAGGUACUGGCAAAUAUAGUGCCGAUGUUCGGUUCAUUCAAGAUUGGAAAACUUGCGGAAAGCGCAAAACGUCUAGAAGAAAUUAUUCCGGACAUGGUUGAUUUCAAAUGGGCGGAGAAUUUAGCCGAUGAACUGGGAAUGGAUCGCGUUCUGUGUCAUGGAGAUUUAUGGUCAAUGAAUAUUCUUUGGAAGACGAGCGAAGAUGACCUCAAUCUAGGCGCUGUAAUUGAUUAUCAGACAGCUCAUUUUGGAUGCUCUGCAACUGACUUGGUUCGCAUGUUUUCAUCAUGUCUCAGUGGCAAGGAACGAAGAGCCCAUUGGGAGGAACUUCUAGAAGAAUUCUACGGAUACCUCAAGGAAGAAGUUGGAGACCGAAAGAUGCCGUAUACAAUUGAACAGGUUGAAAUUCAGAAAUUUAUUAUUUUACAAGAAAAUCGAAAACUUCGAAAAUCAUAUUUGUAA